AUGGACCACCUGGGUCUUUUCGGGUUCGAAGUUUGCCAAACCAUUUCUGGUGGGCCCUUGGAAUUGAUGGGGGACCUGGGACAAAACUUUGGAGAAACGAUGAGGACCUUGGCAACCGCCAAGCAUCUCGGCAGCGAGGCGGUGCAGCUUGCAGUGUUCAAACUCCUCGGGGAACACGUGCUGGAGAGAAUGCCUUUUGGCUCCGAGGAAAGGGGUUUGAUUCUGCACCAGCAGAACUGGCAGAUUCCCUCCUGGCCAUUGCAGUCUUUUGCUGUUGCUGGACCGGAACAGUUGCGCAGCAUUUCACCACAUUUUGAGAUUCCGGGUUUCACGUGGUCUCGGGUCUCGCACCGAGGUAGCCGCCACCAUCGCUUGCCAGAUCCCGCUUUGGAAGCGCCAUGGCACCCUGCCGUCUUCGUGGCUGCAGCAGGAUGUUUGCAAAGACAGGCCGGGCUGAUCGGCAUUGGGGAUGGGAUUGGUGGCGAUGCUUCAAGCACUCUGAUGCCAUCUGUUCACGAGUUGCCAGCGGAGGUCUUGUUGAAGUGCCUCAGGCUCCUUGGUGUUCCAACAGCCGAGGCUGCACCCCAGCAACAGCCGCAUUACUUCUUCAUUCAGAACCCAGAUGGAAGCCGCACCCAACACUUCGGAAUCCCUCCCGCAGAGUAUCAGCAGGCGAAGGGUGGUGAAGAUCGGAAUCAUGGACUGUUGGUGGUUGAGAUCCUUUCCUUUAUUUGA